AGAACGGGCACGUCGCCGCACUAGGGCCAGUUUGUGGACAGACAAGGUGCACACCAGUGGUUAAAGGGAAUACCCGGUAAUAUUUUCAACAUUUGCCUGAACACGUGUAAACACAACGGUGAUAUUUACAAGAAAACUGGAGGAGGUGUCGACGAUGAUGCACUGUGUUUUAGAAGUGCGCCAGAUACAGGCAAUUCUUAUCAUUGUGGGAAUGUCUUUAUUUAUAGAAGUGAGCGACGCGGGGAAAACUGACAGCAAAAAAGUUCUCCCUAUUGUAACGGUAUUCAACACAACUCAGAGGUUAUGGUUGUACUGGAAAAAUUCCACGAACAACAUUAUCGAAAUGGAGGAAUCGCAAGAGUCCAGCCAGCUUGAUUAUAAGCCGACGCCGAAGUGUACAUUUAUUAAGAAACAUAAUAUUAGCGAAAAUGACAUCUACUUCUGGUGGGCCACAAUGAUGAUGAACAAAAUGGUGCGUGUUCCUUGCUACGGGAACUUCUCUUCAGGAGGUAGUGAAAGUCUUGGAUCUAUGGACACUUGGGUCCUAUAUGUUGAAGAAGGGCCAUCCCCAUUUCAAAAGAUGACGCUCAUGUACACGGAAAAGAACUGCAGCGUGUUUUUUGUUACGCCUAUGGCGGAUGGCGCUGCCACAGGUUGCGAACUGUACGUCCGAAAUAAAGCGAUUUCUGAAGGGCCUUCGAAGAAUUGCUCGGAGUAUUACAAUAAUCACUGCAAGAACAGCACUGUGGUGUACAAUUCUACGUGUCAAACUGAAGUUGAAAAAAUACAAGAUUUUAACAAAUGGAUGUAUUCGCAGCUGAUGAGCUACGAUUGAAAAUA